AUGCUGCUGGGGUGCCUGGAGCUGGCCUUCAUGCUCGGGGAGCUGACGAACACGCUGACGAACCUCGACCCCGUCGGGAACGAGUUCAAGCUCACCUUCGACAGCCUCAACGACUACAUGACGAAGAAGAAUUUUCCGAUAGCGCUCCGGCUCCGACUGCGCGAGUACAUCAUGCUCGCGGAGCCCGUCUACCGCGACAACUACUACCGCGCGCUGUUGGAGAAGCUGUCGCCGCGCUUAGAAGCCAUCGUCGCGCACCAAAAUUUAGGCAACGUCGUCAACCGCAUCCCCUUCUUCGCCUACACGGUGCAGCGCGCCUACGGCGUCAACACGGGCUCGCUCGUGGCCCUGAAGCCGUCGCGCGACGUCACGGACGCGGACGCGGGCGCCGCGGGCGACGUGCGCCUGGCGCACGUCGUCAACGUGCCGACGUACCUGAAGUACGACGUCGAGUACGUCGACGACGCGUCCGUCGAGACGGGCGUGUCGCACGCGCGCGUCGUCGUCGACCGCAACGACGUCCUUCUGCGGACGAAGAUCCAGCAGACCUUGUAUCAACGGGACCACUUCGUGAUAGCCGUGGCCCGUUUGUUGGAGCCGCAGCUCGUCAUGCACAGCGACAUCAUCGUCUACCGCAACCUGUCGCUCAACGACGUCAUGUACAUCGUCGAGACGGGCUACAUCGUCCUCUUCGGCGCGGACCCGUCGCGGAGCGAGCGCGUGCUCGUGCGCAAGUCCAACGACUCCUUCGGCGACGACAUCGCCAUGAACGUCGGCGGCAAGGAGCCCGUGCUCCGCCAGUUCACGGCCAAGGCGAAGCGGAAGACGCGGCUCUUCACGUUGGGCAGCGGCCGCUUCAACGCGCUGUUGGAGGGGCCCACGUUUUCCAUCUUUCGGACCUACAUCUCGCUCUACGGCCGGUGGAUGCGCAUCCGCAUGGUCCUGUUCCGGGGCCUCAAGUCCGGCCAGGUGCGGCGCCAGCUCACGGCGCUCCGGAGCCGCGGCGCGCUCGCGAUGCUCGGGGCCUCGAGCACGACGUCGAGCACGUCGAGCACGCCGCCGCCGCCGCCGCCGCCCGCGGCGCGUAUAGAGGCGGCGCCGCUCGUCGCCGCGCUCCUGCGCCUCGCGCCGGCGGGCGACGGCGAGCUGCUGGCGGCCUUCGGCGCCGGGGACGCCGCGCACGUCCUCGACGCGCUCGCGGGCCGCGUCGGCGCGCCCGUCGCCGCGGCCGCGGCCGACCCGGGAGCGCGCGCGACGCAGCUCCGGACGCUGUGCGAGGCCGUCUGCCGGGGCCUCGUGGACCUCGCGUUCCGCGGCGCGGCGCCGCCGGGCGUCGCGCCGUUGGUGUUGGACCUCGCGGCGCGGCUCCGGGGGCGGACGCCGGUGCCCGCCGCCGGCGACGACGGCUACGACCGCGACGACGACGACGACGACCUCCGCUACCGGCCCGCGGGCGACAGGGCAGGAAAAGA